AGGAGUCAGUGAACAAACGCGAACCUCAUUCGUUGAUGUCAACUCGGUUUUUUACGAUUGUACCUACUAAACAAUCAGUGCGCGGUUUAUCUUAUCGCUUCCUGCGAACGUUUUAAUGAAUUAAUCACCCGAUCGGCAUUAGGGGAGUUAGCAGUGUUUUGUUCGAUAGUUUAACGUCUUUAAUUCAAAUGAUAGAAGAAGAGGAGGAACCGUCAAUGAUCAGGGCGGAGUUCAAUGUGAGCGAUAACAACGGGUGCCUGGUGGCGGUUCCAGGACCGUCAAGGGGAUUAUGGCUACAGAACGUAAUCUACAGCUUGCGGUACCACGUGGUUCCCGCCCUGGCCGCAUUUUUGGCCAACAGCAUCUACAGAUCUUUGGCGCCCCUUCAACGAAUACCGCUCAGCUUACCCUCAGGUGUGGUGAGAAUAAGGUUCAGGAGGACAACGAAGAGGCGGUUGGCGGUGACGGAUGGGGCGGAGCGGCACGGGGGCGGCGGUUCCGAUGUUGUUGAAAAUGACACCCUUGCCGAAAGGUGUGUUAGGUGCGAGGUGCUGCACGAGCCCCCGGGGGGCGCUGCCUCCGCAGACGUCAUUUUUAUACACGGAUUGCACGGAGGUCUGGACAAAACCUGGACCCAGGGUACCUGGCGCCAAAAGAGCGCCAAACUGCAAGACCUCGAACCCCCGGAACGUGAGGGUCCACUCAAACGGACAAUAACGAACCUCUACACGUCGAUACCGACGAAAGUGAGGAGGAAAACGAGCAACGAGAACCCGAUCAAUAUAGAGGGAACCAGUGAGGUUCGGAUAGCAGAAGAGGUGGAGCAGGAGGAGGAGGAGGAGGACAUUAGCCGAUGUUGGCCCAAAGAUUGGCUACCGCUGGAUUGUCCGGGGGUCCGCAUAUUGGCCAUUAAUUAUACCACCGAUAAGCUGUGGAGGCCUCUAUGGGAGAAAAUGACGCACAGAACCGACCUACCGGCACGCAGUAAAGAGAUGACCGACGAGUUGAUGCGGCACCGAGUGGGAGAGAGACCGAUAGUGUGGGUGGGACACUCGAAGGGCGGCCUCUACAUCAAACAGAUCCUGCUUUACGGUGCACGGGCGAGAGACGAGGGCGACGAGGCGCGCGGCAACAUUUACAAACAAACGAGGGCGAUCAUGUUUUACAGUGUUCCCCACAAGGGGUCGCCUAUAGCGGACAUGACGUUCCCGUUCUUCCGGAGGAGCAUCGAGGUCCUAGAGGUGCGCACAAACUGCGAGUUCGUCCUAAACCUCCACAAACGGUUCCUGGAAAUGCUCCGGGAGGAACAGGGAACCAAACCGGAAAUAUUCAGUUUCAUAGACACGGAAAACACCCCGGUGGGGUUCACCUCGCUCAAAUUUAUUUCCUACGAAUCGGCCGAUCCGGACGUGGGGGUCAAGUGCGACGUGCCCCUGGACCAUAGGGAGAUCUGCAAACCGGCGGGACGCGACUGCUUCCUCUACUUGGAGUUGGUCCGGUUGAUCAGACGGUCGGUUUUGAAUGAAACGUCCUGAGGGAGCAGAGGGGUGAGAAACUUUCACGCUUACGCACCCCCUGGGGGUGGAACGAGGAAUUUUUAAGUGAGGUUAUGACUGUGAUCGUUUUUAUAUAGUGAGAGAGGAUUUAUUCCUCCGGGUUAUUGUUACUUUAGAUUCUACGAUAAAAGCUAGUAGUAUACAGGGCGGCCAAUGAAACAAAAAAUCCAAUGGGUUUAGGUCUGGCGGCCGAGCGGUCCUAUAAGAAAAUUUCCGUUUUUCAAUAAACCCUCGUACUAUUUAUCUGGUCAACUAAUUGUUGCCGCACGCGAGGUCCAAGUUGGCCGGACCUGUAUAUAAUAAAAUAAACCGAGGGCCGCCCUGUAUAUACACACACACACACACACAAAUUGGCCUGGAUUAUUAUUUUGUUGAAUAUUAAUUUAUUAAUAAACGAUUAGGAAACCGA